UUUACACAGAACUCUGAUGAUCCUGCAGAGCUGAGGACCUUAAUGAAACCACUAACAUGGAGAUGGAGGAAGUCUAUGAAAACGCUGAAGCUGUCAAAGCCUCCAGCUCAAGAUCUUCAGAAAAUCUCAUAGCUCCUCAGGUCUCAAACAGAUGGUUACAUGGAGCUGUUGUCUUUCUGGGGUUCUUCUGUGGUUUCCUGUUGGUUGGACUCAUUGUCCUUGGGGUCCAUUCUGCCGGACAGUUCUCUAAAUUGACUGAGGAGAGAGACCGGGUUUGCAAAACACUCAUCGAAACGACUGGCGUACUUCACGAGCUUUGUACGGGAGGUUCAACAGUGAGGCUGGUCAACUCCUCCACCCACUGCUCCGGCAGAGUGGAGGUUUUCCACAGUGGACAGUGGGGAACGGUGUGUGGCUAUAACUGGGACCUGUCUGAUGCUGAGGUGGUGUGUCGACAGCUGGGCUGUGGCAGGGCCCUGUGGGCUCCAGGAUAUGCACAUUUUGGACAGGGUUCAGGUGUGAUUUGGUUAGAUAACGUCAUGUGCACAGGUACAGAGUCAAACCUCAUGGAGUGUCAACACCAAGGGUUUGGAACUCCCUACUGUGGACAUCAUGAGGAUGCAGGUGUCGUCUGUGAAGGUCGUUCAACGGUGAGGCUGGUCAACUCCACCACCCGCUGCUCCGGCAGAGUGGAGGUUUUCCACAGUGGACAGUGGGGGACGGUGUGUGACUAUGACUGGGACCUGUCUGAUGCUGAGGUGGUGUGUCGACAACUGGACUGUGGCAGGGCCCUGUGGGCUCCAAGAUAUGGACAUUUUGGACAGGGUUCAGGUGUGAUUUGGUUAGAUAACGUCAUGUGCACAGGUACAGAGUCAAACCUCAUGGAGUGUCAACACCAAGGGUUUGGAAUUGACUACUGUGUACAUCAGGACGAUGCAGGUGUCGUGUGUGAAGGAGGUUCAACAGUGAGGCUGGUAGGCUCCACCACCCGCUGCUCCGGCAGAGUGGAGGUUUUCCACAGUGGACAGUGGGGAACGGUGUGUGGCUAUAACUGGGACCUGUCUGAUGCUGAGGUGGUGUGUCGACAGCUGGGCUGUGGCAGGGCCCUGUCGGCUCCAAGACAUGCACAUUUUGGACAGGGUUCAGGUGUGAUUUGGUUAGAUAACGUCAUGUGCACAGGUACAGAGUCAAACCUCAUGGAGUGUCAACACCAAGGGUUUGGAAUUGACAACUGUUAUGAAGAGGAUGCAGGUGUCGUCUGUGAAGAGGCAGAGCCAGGAGCCAGUAGUGAUGAGAGGAUUGUUCCUGUCAGGAUGGAAGGAAGAGAAAGCCCAUGUGCAGCCGGAUGGCAGCUGUUCAACAGCAGCUGUUACUUCUUUUCACGUGUGACUGGAUCCUGGGAAACCGGCAGAAGAGACUGCAGAAUCAACGGAACAGAUCUGGUGAUCGUAAACAGCACAGAAGAACAGAACUUCAUCUCACGGUUCAACAAGAACUCUUGGAUCGGUCUGAGUGACCUUGAAGAGGAAGGAACCUGGAAAUGGGUGGAUGGAUCUCCAUUAACUCAGCAGUACUGGAGUCAAGGGGAGCCGAACCAUGUCCAUGAUGAGGACUGUGUGCACAUGCAUUCCUCAACAGGCCUGUGGGCUGAUGUGAGCUGUGAUAACAGCCUGUACUGGAUCUGUGAGAAAAUGGGAAUGGAUUAGAGAUAUCGAUUACAGAACCAGAAUCGCUUCAUUCUUAUCAAAUCCCAUCCAUACAAAUAACUUCAGUGAAAUCCUUUCCUCACAUGUAGUAAAAUUAAAAAAAAAAAAAUCGGUUAUUUUCCGAGCUAGGGUUGGGUGAAAAACGUUAUCAAUCCAAUAUCCAUAAUGAUCCCUAUAAAUGUCACAUCGCUGUGUCUUAAUGGCAAAGUUUUGGUCCUGAGUGACAAUUUAUGGAAACACAUUAUUAUUUGUAGUUUUACAUUAUUUGUCAAAAAAACACCAACACCACACCAUGUAAAAAUAAGACAGAAGGGACAUAAAAGGGUCAGAUAUUGCCUCUGAUGUCAUGAUUUAAUGCUAAUUUUGCUGAUUUCUGUGCAUUUUAAGAUGAUGUUAAAAAUCAGUUAUUCCUGAUGCUAAACUCUUCUAUCAUACAAUGUUCAUCAACAAAAUAGACAUGAAUAAAACUGAGCAACAGUAAAACAUUUUUGAUAUUGUAGUUAGUUUAGAAAGUGUGUACAAACUAAACCCUAAAAACAGAAGGAACUGCAUUACGAUAAUUAUAUUUAUUGCACGAUUGUAAUGAUUUGAAUGUUAUCACCUAACCCUAGUCCGAGCAUCAUCUAAAUAGGAUAACAUGUUUUUGAUUAUUAUUUCUCUUGGUUUAUUGUGUGUACUACUACAUUUGUGUAGACAUUACAUGUGGUUGUUGGGUGGUGGGAUUGACUACUACAAGUGUGUUAUACUUUUGUGACGUAAUUGGAGAUUGUGGUGGAAGGAAAUAAACAAAUAAACUGAUGUUUGGACACCA